GUAAGCGUUAUAAAAAACCUAAUGCUUUCAGAUUUUUUGCAUUAGUCUUGAACAUAAUCCAAGGAUUUUUGCACGCAGGCUUAUUCAACUCAGUUAAAAUUUUUAUCUUAUAGAUAGAAAAAACAGCAAUUGAAUAUAUUCUUAAAUGCACAGUUACAACCGAGAAGAAGUUUUUUAACAUUGUUAUAUCGUUAAAAAAAACUUUAUGAAACUUAAAAUUGUUACCUGGGUUAUUUCAAUUGAGAUUACAACGACGCAUAAAUAUAAGAAUACCCUUUUUCUAGGCCCUAUAUCCUUCAAUCCAUGUUGCAGAGAAAUAUCGCUUCUCUACCACCUCCCACUCUCUAAAAAAAAUGGAAUCCCCCUCUUACUCUCUCAAAAAAAAAGAAAUCCCCAUGAUGAUGAUGACGCCGCCGCCGCACGCCGUUUGGGAAAUAGUGAGAUUUCAUUGGUUAGAAGUUUAGUUCCGACGACAUUCGAUCGUCUGCGCUGCUACUGCGCCCUCUUUCGAUAUUUUCGGCGACGAGAAGAAGGAGGGAAGAAACGCAAAACCAAGACUCGCUCGCGAUCGACCGCGGCGAAGGGAGGUUGGACUUUCAUUUCGGUUUUGAUUCCAGAAAUAGAAAAGAUGUUGCAGUCUUCUAGUAGGACUGUGGUGGAAUCUGACAGUGUGCCUUUUUUCAAGACUCAAAUGAGUCCUUCUUCAACCAUGAUCUCCAGCCAGCAAUCCAGUUUCUUUACGCUCAACUCAAAAGAACAUGUUGCUACCUCAGCUACUUCAUCUAUAUUUCAGCAAGAAACGCCAUUAAUCCAAGCAAACACACAGAAUAGCCAGCAUAUUCAACACUCAAGACAGCCUACUCUUAGGCAUAAUGCUAGGCAACAACAGCAGAAGCAUGGAACUGUCGAAGAGUCAUCAGAGAAGCUUGGUUCCCUUCACUCGAAACUCCACCAAGAAGCCGACAAGAUACGUAAAUGGAAAGUAGACAUUGAAAUGGAUGUAAAGUACAAGGAAAGAAAACUGACCGAGUGUCAACAAACUAUUGAGUCACAAAGAAAAUCCAUCCUUGAAUUGCAGCUUCAGAAUGAAAACCUAAGUCAGAAGUUACAACUUGAAAUUGAUAACCAAUGUGAUAUUAGUCAAAAAAUUGAGUCUACCCGCAGUAUGUGCAAUAUACUAAAAGAUUACACUAACAAAGUUGAAGAAAGGCUAUCACUUUGUGAGAAGGAUAAAGCUGUGCUGCAGUUACAAGAACAAGAGCGAAUGGAACAAUGCGAAGAUUUGGAAGAGCGAUUUAAAAGUUUAAGCCUUGUACAUGUUGAUAAAGUCAAUAAUCUGAAUAUUCAAUUGGAACUAGAAGAAAAGCAGCACACAGAUGCCAUUGAAAAGUAUCAAGAAAAAUUAGAAGAUUUAGACAAUGAAAUAAAGGUGCUGUCAAAUAAUUGUGAAGAAAAGAAUAACAUGAUUGAUGUUCUGAAUGAGAAGGUGAAUGAGAGACAACUUACCAUAAUUGAUGUACAAACAGAAAAGGAAUCAUUACAGAAAAUGUUAUCUGAGGCAAAAUCUGAACUUGCAACUAAAGUUCAGCAAGUCGAAAUCUUAACAUUGAAUAUGCAAGAAAGCCAGAAGCAGAAGGAAGAACUUAUUUUUGAAAAGACUAAAAUUGAGGAUGAUGUAAGAGAUUUACAAGAAAGAGAAGCAGAACUGUCCAACACAAUCAGAGAACUUUCAGGAAACUUGGAAACGGAAGGCAAAAAAAACAGCUUACUUGAGGAGAACAGUGCUGCUAUAAAAACUGAGAUGACCAAAGAGAAAAUCAAGCUUGAGGAAGAAAUCAGCAGACUUAAUGAAGAACUCAAAAAAGCUAAUAAUGAAAAGCAGCAGAAUAUUUUGACUAUUGAGAAAUACAGAGAAGAGCAGCUCAUCCUUGAGAAGAAAAUAUUGAAUGCCAAUGAUGAGGGUCAGGAUCUUAUAAGACAAAAGGAGAAGCUACAAGUAGAAAUUCAAGAAUGCAGGCAAGCAAUAGAAAAGAAGGAGAUAGAAUUAUGUAGCGGUACCAAAGAACUUAAAGAUGCUUUGGAAAGAGAGAAAGUAUCUUAUGAUAGAAUUGAUUCACUGAAGAAGGAACUUGAACAAAUAAGCACGGAAAAGAGUGUAUUAGAUUCCUCACUUAACACAUUGAAAGAUGAGAGAGAAGAUUUGGAGGCUAAAUUGAAGGCAGAAAUUCAGCUAACAGCUGAAUUAGAAAAUAAUAUUGCGGACCUUGAAAGAAGUAAGAAAAAAUCAGAGAAAAACCUCAAAGCAGCUCUUAAAGAAUCAGAUGAAUUGAGAGAAAACGUAUCAAAUCUGGAUACAAGCAUUCAUGAACACUCCAAGACAAAUGAAAAGCUACAGGAGCAGACAAGCUUGAAUAAAGCUCUACAGUCAGAACUUGAUUCUACUAGCAAGCAAAUCAAGAUUCUAGAAAAGAAGAAUGAAACACUAGAAAAUCAACUAGCUACUAAAUCUAAACAAGUAAAAAACUUGCAACAAGAGACAAAAACACUCAAGAGCAAGGUCACAUCUCAAACUAAACAAAGUAACUCUUUAGAGAAGAAAAUUUCAACUACAGAGGAGACCUGUGAGAAAUACCAUGUUGAAAAUGAAGACCUCCUUAGAAAGAUUUCAGAAAUAGAGAAAAUACUGCAAGAAAAAGAAGAGAUGAUAGAAGCUACUAAAGUCAAGCAUAAUGAAUUAGAAGCAAAAAUGCAACAAACGAUUCAAGAACAUACAGAAGCGAAAAUGAGUUGUGAAAAGGAAAGAGCUGAAGUCAGUAACACAUUGAUAGUGUAUAAGAUGGAAAAUGAAAAUAUAGUUUCAAGGAAAGAUAAAGAAAUAGAGAAACUACACAAGGAGAUAACCUUACUGACAAAGGCAAAAAACGAUCAGUUAUCAAGCCUGCAAAAUUCAUUCAAAGAACAAAAACAGGAAUUGGAGAAAGUUUCUAAAGAUUACAACAAUGCUUUGAAGGAAUCGGAAAAUGACAAGAAAAGGAUAACAGACUUAAUAGAAAAGCAGCUGCAGGAAGAGAAAGACAUAGUGGCAUUGAAACCCAAUUCCAAGAAAAAUCCAACCAAGAUUAAUCUUCCUGGAACUCCGAAGACCCCUCAGAGCAACCUGGUUCAUUCUCAAAGCCCAGUGAAGGCUGACACACCAGUAUACAAAGCUACAAAUCCAGGUCUGGAGCCCAAACCAAAGACACCAACCUCUUACGUUUAUCCAGAAAAGUCACCACAUGGUAUCCUAAAGCCUGGACUAGGCAGUGCCAAGAAGAAACGUGUUAUAUUUGCUGAAAGUGACGAUGAUGGCAGUUGUUCAGAUUCAUCAACCUCACAACUGAUGGAAAUUGAGAUUGAUGAUGUACCACGUGGUACAAAAGAAAAGAAAUCAAGAAGACCAAGUCAAAAGGUUACACCUUUGCGAAUCCGACCAUCACCAAGCAUGAAAAUCCCAGCAAGUGAUGCUUUUGAUGAAGCAAAAAGAAAUGCACUUAAGCCAGUACCCAGGGGUCAAACAAUCACCCAGCAAAGAAAGGUAAAAUUCCAAGAAAAUUCUGGAAAGUUUGCAGUUGAAGAAAGUCAAUGGCAUCAGUGUUAUCCAGGAUUACCUGUGGAUGGUGCUAAAAAAAACAAGAAUGCAUCACAGAAGAAAGAACCAAUAAUGAAAGGAUGCAUAAAGAAGACUCCCAAUAAAAGUUACAUGAUUAAAGGGUUUGGAGACGGGAAACCUAAAGCUAAGAAGAAAAAGAAAAAUGCGGCACUGUCUGAAGAUGAUCACAUACCAUGGUUUGAUUCAGACUCGGUAUUUGGUUUUUUCGAUGAAUGAAUACAAAUAAUUUUUAAUCUAACAUAAGGUAAGUUAUUAUUCCUUCAAAAUAGAUAAAUUCAGUGCAAUAUGAAAUAACUGAAAUACAGUUCUCUGUAUGCAAUUAAAUGUUUCAUCUAUUAUUUAUAAUAAUGUAUUGAUUGAAAAUACAUGAAAAUUGCAUAAUUUGAUUAGUCCUAGGACAUAAAGUUAUUCUAAAUGUUCUCAGUAAAGACAAGCAAUUAUUGUUGCUUUCUUGCUAUUAAUGAUUUGUUUUGAAGUGUUAUUUAUUUAAACAUGAUGUUAUUUCUGACAGAGUUUGUUUUUGUUAAGUUCAUUGACAACACAAGUAAGUUGUUCGAUAAAUAAUUAUUUAAUAACUUGACACCCUUUUGAAAUUUAAUUACAAGCGUAUUGGAUUCAGUAUUUACAAUUGACUAUGUAAAUUACGAAUGUAAUGCUAUGCAAGUUAAUGAGUGCUGUAUAGACCAAAGUGGUAAGAAUACAAUUUUAGAAUGGGAAAUUCUGUGCAGUUUAAAUCACUAAAAUACAGUUUGUGCAAUGCAAUUUAUUGUUAAAAACCAAACAUUCAUAAUAAAGUAAUGAUCCAAAAUACAUGAAAAUUACAUUUAAUUAGGUUGGUAUUAAUCUAUUUUUGUUUAAUUUUGUUUUCAUUAUAAUGGAAAUAAUAAUAAUGAAAUAUUGAUUUUGAAAUCAAAAUAAUAUAUUAUGUACCCGGUUUUUGCUCAGUUACUCCAUAAUUUAAAAAUCAAAAAGAUGAUGUUAUCUGACAAGGUAUUCUUUUUGUCCGGUCAGAUUUAUAAAGGUUUCUGAGUGAGAGUGCAGGUUGUUCAAUACAGAAGUAUUUAAUAAUUUGACACCAUUUUGAAGUUUAAUUAGAAACGUGUUGGAUUCAAUAAUAUUCACAAUUGGCUAUGUAAAUUAAGAAUGCAAUUCUGUGCAAGUUAUUGAAUGGUGUGUAGACUAAGUCUGAGAAGUGGUACUUUAUGUCAAUAUGAUUGUUCCAAAGUGCAAACACUGCAUUAGCUAAGAAUUAUUAUGCAGCUUAGUAUUUCCACAUUAUUGAUUAAUCGCAUGCUUCUGUUGGUACCUAGUUGAUAGCUAGGAUGCCUCAGUAUCGAAGACAAGCAUUAUUAUAAUAUUUAAGAUACCAUAGGUGUUAAAUAGAAGUAUUUUAUUUAGGGAUUGUGCAAUGAAUAUUUAAUAAAUAUUUUAUAAUGGACUGUGACACAACAUCUGUACUUUUGUACUGUAUUCUAAAACUAUUUAAACAAAAUAUCUGUACAUGUUUAGCAAAGUUUGGUUUUCAAUAAGUACACGCAACAUGAUGUUAUCAGUAUAAACUAGGACUCUCCAUUUUUCUGAAUGUGUUUAAGUUUAUGCACAGCUUAAAGAGAACAACCUUUAUACCAAUUCUUUAAGGCAAUUUGCAGUGACCGAAAUACAGCAUGCAGUUGCUUGUUCCGUCCACUAUAUUAUAAUACAGUUUAGAUGUAAAGUGCAUAACAUCACCUUUUUAUUAGGUUAACAUUAAUGUAUUCUCAGUUAAAAACAAGUUUUCAUUGUUGCUUAAUUUGUUCCUCAUUGAUUCUGGUAAAUUGUUAUUAUUGAAAUAAAAAUUAAAUGAUGUUAUGUGACAGGUUUUGUUAUUGUUGUAUUCAUACAGCUCUCAGCAGACCGUAUUUCAACUUGAAAAAGCGACUCAAUAAAAUCUGUUCAUAUUUUAUAGCUUUUAAUCAUUCCAAGUCCAGCAUGUUAUACAAAGCCUUUAUCUUAUAAAAUACUCAAAAAUUUCAAGACUUUAUUUUGUUCUUAUAGAUGUUAAUUUAUAUACAGUAUUUAUUAUUACUCCUAUGAAGUGUAAUCCUGAUGGUGGCAAAUACAUUUUUCUCAGAACUAUCAUCCUACACUAAAAAACAAAAUGUAUCUUAUAGUGUAAUGCUGUAUCUAAUUUAUUAUGAUUACAGUAUCCUUAGUUCUAUACCCUUUUAUUUUUAAUCUAUUGAUCUAUUAUUAAAUCCCCACCUUUCUGAAAAUUGUAUAAGCUGUAUCUUUGGUUAAAAACAUCUCAGAAAAAAAAUAUUGCUCUAGAAUGCCUCAUUUUCAUUACCAUUUUCAAAAUACAUAAGUAUUUUUUUUUUUUUGGUUAGCAGCUUCAC